AUGCCAGAGCCUGUGGAAUUUAUGGGGUCGUCCAGUGGUGGACCUAUUUGCGACCGCAACUACGAAGAGGUUACCGACGUACUGCUCUCCAGUCCCAGACCGUCAAGCAGUCGCAGUAGAUGCCUUCCUUCUAGAUUGGAUGGGCCUAGAUGCGUACGCCUUUCCCCCGUUCAAAAUUCUAGGAAAGGUUAUGAAGAAGUUCAGGGAGAGUCAAGGCACGAGACUGACUCUCAUAGCCCCCUACUGGCUGGCCCAAGAUUGGUUCACAGAGGUACUGGAAUGGACAGUCGACACACCAAGAACACUUCCAGCAAGAGUAGAUCUACUCAAACAGCCUCACUUCAACAGGUAUCACAAGAACACCCUCGCUCUGGGUCUGACUGCGUUCAGACUAUCGAAAGACUUGUCAGAGCGAGGGGGUUUUCUAAAGAAGCGGCCAAAGCUGUGGCCAGAGCAAGAAGAUCCUCAACAAUCAAGGUGUACCAGGCGAAGUGGGAGACCUUUCGAACUAAUAAGUUUGAACCGAUGGGUCAAGCUUCUUUAAGAGAUGUCUCAAAAAAGACGAUAUUUUUGGUGGCCUUGGCCACAGCGAAAAGAGUUAGUGAACUGCAAGCCAUUAGUAAACAUGUUGGCUGGAAACAUGACAAGGCAGUAUGCUCUUUUCAGGAAGACUUCUUGGCCAAGAACGAAAAUCCAUCUCAUCCUUGGCCAAGGUCUUUUGAGAUUAUGGGUCUGUCAGAUCUUGUGGGACAAGAACAAGAAAGAGUUCUCUGCCCAAUAAGGGCUUUGCACCAUUAUCUAGAGAUAACUAGGAGUAUUAGAGGGACUUCAGAAUCACUUUGGUGCUCCGUGAAGGACCCCAGCAGAGCCAUGACUAAAAAUGCUAUCGCCUUCUUCCUAAGGGAGCUAAUUAAGGAAUCACAUAUGCUAUGCCAGGAAGAGAACUUCGGCCUGCUUAAGUUUAAGGCGCACGAAGUGAGAGCGGUAGCGACGUCCUUGGCGUUCAAGAGAAAUAUGGCCCUCAAGGAUAUUAUUGAAACGACGUUUUGGAGGACUAACUCAGUUUUUGCCUCUCAUUAUCUCGGAAACGUCAAAACAACUUUUGACAACUGUCAAACAUGCUGGUUUAAUAAAAUUCUUAAAAAUUAUCUUUUGUGUGCAGAUGCUGGUUUUGACAUGCAAGGUCUCAGUUUUGAUGAAAAGAAGGCUAUUCUUGCUAUGGUUGAAGAAUCUCGCAAGUCUGCCCAAGAAGAGGAGAAUCAAAGGAAGCAGUUACAAGAAAGAGAAGACUUGAUUUUGAAAGAAACACUUAAUAAGUCCUCUCAUCUGGAGGAAGUAAAGAAAGGAAAUGAUGCUGACUCUCCUGAUAAGACUGAAGAAAAAGUAGUGAUUGGUAAUUCAAAAACUCCUUUGUGUAAUGAAGGAGAUGAAGCAGGCUGCAAUUCAGAUUCCAGAUCUUCAACUCCAGAUCUCUUGCCGCAGCUGCCGGAGUCUCCUAGUAAAUCAACAGGGAAGCAGUUUAGUACUCCUAUUCGAUCUUCAAGUAAUGCCAGUGUACUUGCUCAGCAGUCUCCAAAUGUGUCUGAAGAUUUCUUCAUGUUUUCCCAAGGCUCAUCUAGAAUUGGAGUAGAUGAGAAUGUUAUAAAGAAUUGUAUAGAAACUAUUAGAGUUUCUGAGUCUGAAUCUGAAGAUGAUGAUCAGCCAUUAAUUCCUAUUAAGAGCUGUUCAAGUCCAAGACCUUUGCCAUGCAGUAAGUCAGUCAAAACUCAGACACCAUCUAAGCAAACACAGUCAGGUGCAAGAAACUUUAAUGAUUCAUACAAGAAAUCUCCCUUUUCAGCCAUUUCACCAGUACAACCUCGACCUUCUCUUAGAAGAUUUCAAAGUGAGGGCACUGUGAUAACUCCAGAAUCCAAGAUGAAUGAACCUGAAAAUGAAUGUAUUUCUAGUUCACAGCCAUCUGUAGAUGCAAAAAAGUCACAUUUAAGGAGACUCAUUGAUAACCAGGGUAGUGAAUCCAUCAUAUCUCCUAUUGUUGGUCAAAGAAGGGCAUUGCUGUUCAGUGAUAAGUUGUCUCUCACCAAAAACAAAGAAAAAACCAUAAAAGAUUCAGAUUCAGAAACUCAUGUAGAUGAUGUUAAACUUAUCCCUGCCUCUCCUGAGCUGAUGUCAGAUGACGAAACCAGUGAAAGUGAAGCACCUUUAUCAAAUGAGAAACCGCUGUUAUUUAAGGAUGGAAAUGGAGGUCACCUUUCCAUAAAAAAUAAAACUUAUGAAAGAGAGGUAGCACAGAAUAGCUUGAAAAGAAAAUUGGAUUUGUUGGAAAGUGAUGAAAUUGACAGCAGAGAGCAGCAUACAGGAUCACCUGAAAAGGUGGUGGCUGGGAAACCAAUAAGUGAGCAGCCUUUUUUCCAAGGGUUAAGUAUGUCUGAUAGUGAAGAAGAAAGUAAAGAACAAAGUGAAAAGAAAGGAGAAAAUGUUAAUGUAUUUUCUGUUUAUAAGAAUGAUAUAACUUUAAAAAGGAAGUUUGGAAAACUUGAGAACCCUGAGAAAGCAUACUUCAGGAAUGGCAAUGAAACGUCUACUAGUGCAUAUAAACGUAUUUUGAAUAUGAUUAAUCAGUAUUUUGUCAUUUUAGACAGUCACCAGAAAACAUUAAGCCGUAGAAUGCCUUGGUCUGCUCCAAUCAAAGUAGACAAAAGAGUAAAAGAUUCUCUUGACCCCCCAAAGUUUUCAAAGAGGCAGGUUGAAGAACCUCAAGUGUACAGUGAUGAAGAAACAUCUCGUAUGGUUACCCGGCAUUCACAGCGGAAAAAUCCUGUUGGUUUUGAUGAAAUGCUCCCUGAUAUUAGUGAGAACAAAGGCAUGUGGUUAGAUGCUAAGAAGAGGAACACUAAGAGAAGAGCUGUUCAAUUGAACUCAAGCCGUAAAGUGGCUAAACUCAAUCCUGAACAGAAAUUUGGUGUUAUUAAUGAUGCUCUUAUUAGUGAGUUAGAUGACUUUGACCUACCAAGUACAAGACUGCCUAGAUUGUCUCCAUCUAUUGAGCAGGAAGAAAUGUCAAAAGAAUUGUCUCCAGCUGUUAAAUUGAAAGGACCACCACCUGAAAGUAGACUGUCUCCAGUUGUUGAACAGAAAAGUGUACCAACUUUGUCCAGGUUAUCUCCAGCAGUUAAGGGACCAGGUAAUCAUGUGGAAUAUUCCAGAAAAGAAGAUAAAGUGACAUCGCCUUCAAAAACUAAGGUUGGUCAUAGUAACUUCGAUAUUGGUGGAAUACUUUUGAGUAGCCAAGAAGAUGAGUGUGUUAUGGAUCCUGAGAAAGGUAAUAAGUUGACAUCAAAAAACCGUGUUGGGAUAACUUUAGUGUCCGAGUUAGAUACUGAUUGUCAACCAAGUACAAGUGGGUGGAAGAACUCUAGUAGACGGCCAAGGAAAACAUUCAGUCUAACUGUUGAUAGUGAUGAAGAUUCUUCACAGAACAGUGAAAAUUCAGUUACUUUAUUGGGCAAAGCAAAUACCUCUCAAAUUCCAGAAUCUUCUUUACUAGUUAAAAAUGUUAGCAAGGCACAGGAUACUAAAGGUGAAAAGAACUCGGAUGUAUUAACUAAAGAGUCAAAAGGUUUUGCAGAAUCAUCUCAGAAAGUUGACAGCAACAAAGUAACUGAUAUCUCAAUUACAUCAAGAUUUGGUAGCGUGAAAAAGCAAGGAAAAAGCAAGCAAGUGCAAAUAAAGCCAGGUCCAUUGCGACUGAAAAAUCAGCAGGGAAGAAGUCGAGGAAAAGAAGCUGCAGUAGUAGCAGACAGAAGUGAUUCUGAGGAUAGUGUUGAAUUGCCAGUCCUUGCGUCAUCACACACAUCCCAGCAGGUACCUGUCAGUCAAGAGGAAAUUCCUGGCAGUGCAGAUAAUGGUGUAGAAUGUCCACUGUGUUCAAAGACUUUUCCAUCUGACAUCAUUGAGGCACAUGCUUCAAAUUGUGGUGAAAUGGGGAUGGAAGAGGAUCCAGUACCAGUGGGCGAUCAGGUGAGAGGAAAUCGUAAGCAAGUCACACGCAAGGGAGAUCUUGCCAAGGAAGCCUCUACAAGUGAAGAAGUUAUUGUAUCUAAGUUUGUGUCAAGGAGAAAUAAGCGAGAAAGAACACCUCCACAUUUUGCACGCUGUGUUCAUUGCAGUUCAAUUAUAAAAGAAGGCGAUGAAUAUCUUAUUCAUGUCCAGAACUGUCAGAAGAAAAUGGAAGAAAGUUUUGAUAUGCCUUCAAGAAUAAAGACACCCAAAAGAGAACAGAAUGGCACAUCAUCUAACAGAAGAGUUGCAAGGCCUGUACUUACUGAAGUCUCGAGUGUUUUUGACCAGCUGGAAGGAUAAUGUAAAUGGCUUUAAUCAGCGAGGGAGCACCCUGGUGAUCUUUGAAGUUUCAAGAAUGGUUAAAAAAAACAUUUUGUUGUAGUAUCUGUACUUGACUAGAAAUAGAGGGAUUUGCAUUAUAGUGUGCUGUAAUAUGUGAUAUUGUGAAAGAAUGUAUGGCUGAUUAAGUUUUAGUUGAGGUUCAAGAUGUUUUUACACAAUUCUGGUUGAAUAUCAUACAAAUGGGUGUAGUAUUCUGUUAAGUGAAAUGUAAAAAUAGAUUAACUAGCACAAGUGCCUUAAAUCUUCAAGUUUUUAUUCAUAAUGAGCAGUAUAAAAUUGUUUACAGUUUAAUUUGUAUCAGUAGAUAUCUUAUGCUUAACAGAAACACAAAAAGUAUGUUAGAACCAAACAAUAAACAUUUUCUGUAAUCAGGUAAUAUUUGACCAGAUAGCAUCCUUAACAACGGUUACUGUUUAUGACAGAAUUUUCUGUAUGGGACUGUAUUUGAACUAAGUUCUGUCCACUUUGUCUUCUGAACUCUACCUAAAUUUCCAUUUGAUCAAGGUCAUCAUCUGUCCCCUUCUCCGUGAUUUUCUGAUCCUUCCUACUGGCCAUUGUCUUGUUAGUUUUAUGUCAACUACUUAUUGACUGUUGUUCUCCAAUUCUUAUCAUUAUAUUGAGACCAUCUCAUCCUUAAAGGUGUUCAAAGUCUCAUCAGUUUUCUUUGUAAGUUCAAUUUCUCAGUUCUUUGAUGUGUAGUGUACCAUACUAGAAGGCUUUAUAUGUAGCUCGUAGAUUUUUAUGAAAACAAGUUGGAAGAUUACAGUGUAAGAGGAGAGGAUUGGAAAUAAGCCUGUGUUGACUACAGAGGAAGCAUAGUAUUAUUAUAAUUUAUAUAAUUUAACUAGACUACUGAAGUGAAAAGUUCACUCUUAUCAAGCUGGCCAAAGGGAAACACACUAGUAGUAGUCAGGACUUUGACCAUGUGGAUAUUAUAGGAAUUGUUUGGACUAAACUCAGUUCUUAUAUUGAAUAUAUCAUGGUGUGACAAAAAAUACUCAAAGUUGUAAAAUAUUCAUGGGGUAAGAUAAUUUAGAUGCUCAAAAUGUAUACGAGCAAACAGGAGAUAAGAGGAGGAGCAUACUAUGCUUUGGAAAGGCAGGCAUUGGGAAAAUAUAGGAAAAAGGUUGCUAGAUAACAGAUACAUAAACACAACUUAAUAAGCAGAACAACUAUUUAAAAUGCAUGAGUAGGGUUUGUAGCAACAUGUUCACUGAUAAAGAAAAUGGUUGGAUUGCAGUAGGGAUGAUCAUAUUAAAAAUGUUGCAGAGAUGUUAUGUAAGGUAGCUAAUAAUCUCAAAGAUUUAGUCAGCUCGACAUAUGAUGAGAAGGGAUCUGGAACAGUCAGAAAAAUAGAAAAUAUGAAAGUGACAGGAUGAAGACCAAUAGAUAUGCACAGAAAAUCGUGAAUAUGGAAUAGAUAAAAGACCUAGAACCAAUGGGAAUUAAGGAAAAAAUGCACAAGACUGAAGAGAGUGGGAGAUGUCAUUUCAUGCUUAAUCCUAUAAAAGGAAAAUAUAUUGUAAAAACAAUAGUGAUGAUGAUGACUGUGAAAAUGUCUCUUUCCAUAUAUCUAGUCUUUUUCUCACUGAACUAAAUGCAAAGUAUUCUUAUAUUAUUGUAGAUAUGCCUCUGCUGGUAUUACAGGACAUUCCAUUUCGUGAUGCCAACCAUAAUUUAAAUCUGUUUUGGCAUCUCUGUGUUAUACAAUUAUUAAUAGCUUCUGUUGGAGCUUCUUAAAUAUUGUGUUCAGCAUCUUUGAUUCUAGGCUUCAGCAGAAUUUCAGUACUUUAUUCUGGUUUUACUCCAGACAUGUCAUCUUCCCCAUCACAGUCUUAAAACUAUUAAUCUGUUGCUAUGUGCUAAUUUAAGUCUCCUCUUACUACUCUAUCCUUUUGGCUGUGGCACUUAUGUACGUAUUUGCAUCUGAUAACAUGUCCCCAAAAUUUUUUUCACUUCUUUUGAGCUUCCUUUAUAGCCAGACAACAGCACAUAUAUUCUUUCUUUUCUGAGUACUGUAAUUGAUAAUUAUCAUUAUCCUCACUUAAUUUUUCCCAGCUCUUUCACAUCUGCCAUUUCACCUUAAACCAGUAUGCUUAAUCCUUUUUUGCCUUGUCCUUCCUACAUACCCUCAGAAUUUGUAUUUAUCUGUCAUUACCAGUUGGUUUUGUUCUUGCUUCUUAUUAUCUAACCUGCUGGACACAUUUGCAUUCAUUCUUGCCACCAUGUCCAUCUCCUUCAAAUUCAGCUAACCUUUUCACAUGUAUGUAUUAUUUUAAUGUAUUUAAUAUAUUUCUUCAAAAUAUAAUGGUAUCCCUUAAUAAGCAAUAUUUAUUUUAGAUUUAUCAGGAUGAUUAAUGAAACCUUAAGGUUGAAUGAGAAUCUACCUAUUAUAUGAAUAAAGGUUAUACAAAGUAUCUGUGUUUCAUCAAGCCAUAUAAAGAUGGUAAAAUCAAAUUUUUAUGAUGGAGAAGUUCAAUGCUUAAUCUUGUAAUACCAUAAACUGUAUUAGGAAGAUAUGUAUUGUUCCUGUAUAUUUUUUAUAAACUUGAAAUUUCAAGCAAAUAGGGGGAAGAAAUGUCUAUGCUUUAUUUCAUUACAUUAAUUAUCACAAGAGUAUUAUGUUAGAGGGGAAAAGUUAGAUAUGUUGACUGAAUAAAACCUCAGAUUUAUA